ACAGUAAUAGUGGCUGACUAGGUAUUACCUGAACCUGUACUCUACACUGUUUGAUAUAUAAGUGGUACACAAAGUGAAGGGUAUCAUCAACACUAAACUUUCAACCAAAAGCCUAAGAAAAUGAGCGGCAUCAACGCGGACUCGACCGCGGCGGCUGGGUUCUUGGUGGCCAGCAUUCUCUCAGCUCUCACCACUGUCAAUUCUAUUACGACAUCUCGAUCUGUGGCAGUAAUAGACAAUAUACCGUACGGUGCCUCACUGGUAGUCCUCUCCCUGACAUUCCUACUUACUGGUGUGACGUCACCCUCCCAUCACAGACAGUUGCUUCAGUCAGUCGUCCUUUGUCUGGCAGUGCUCUGGUCAAGCGUUGGGGUCAAUCACAUAUGGACAGAGGUCAAUUACUCCCAGAAUGUAUCGUCUGAGAACUACAUAUCUCCUCACGAAGCCUUGUUUACUGGUUAUGGCGGCUUACUGCUGGUAUUUCUCGUUUUCCUGGGCACUUCACUAACUAACAGGGACUUCCGGUCAUGUAGUGUUGUCUCAGUAAUCUCUGUGGUUCUGGUAACGUUCGAAAUCAUUAAUAUGUUUGUUAGUUUACAAGGAACCGCAGUUCUUCAGAUUCUACUGUCUUUGUUUUUUCUUUAUUUUUCUCUUUCAAAUGUAGCCGCUUAUUAUAAACACUUCAAUUCUAUUGGCCCGGGCAAUUUGGAAACUAAUGUGAAAACGUCACAUAAAUCAUUGUUUAAGCAUCAUCUAAUUAUGAUGUAUGCUCUUAAUGCUGUUUGUUUUACAACUUUUGCUAGUUAUGUUAUCAAUAUCAUUUCUGACACACGCUUUUCCUUUCCAUGGUUGCUGACUUCCGGUAUUUUCCAAAUCGUCAUCGGUAUUGCGUCACUUAGACAGUCUGAUCCUCACAAUGCAGGCAACGCCAUUAUAUUUGGGUUGUUCUGGCUAGGUGUGGGGUCAAGUUUAAUGGCGGAAAACUAUUUGUGGAGAGAAAUGGAUUUCAUUAUUCCCACAUCGGCUGUCUUGGUUUUGUUCUUCUUUUUGAUUUCAAUAGUAGAAGUGAAACUGGAAUUGUUUAGGUCUAUAUAUUUUCUGAUGAUGUCGCUGUUUGCUCUUUCUUUAGGUGUGGAUGGACUACAGGGCACAUUUGUAGGGGUGAUUGGUUUGUUAGGAGUUCUCCUGUCAAUCUACGGGUUAAUAGCCACCACCACCAGUCUUGUAGGACUGGAAAUAGGGUUUCCAUUGGGUAGCAACAUCACAGAAAGGGCGAAAGUCAAAGAAAUUCUGACAAUAUUCCAAAACAUAGGCAAUUCGAGAAAAACUGUAGACGUUUCAUCAUAUUCUAAUAAACUUUCAGAAGAUAUAAUGCUUGGUUAUUCCAAGUAUGUUGACUCCCAAAGUGUAGGAUUCGCGGCCAAUGCUGUAGCUGCAUUUUCUCUAGUAUGGAUACCCUCGGGUUCAGAUCCAUUGAUCCUUCCUUGGACCGUAGGUUUCGGGGGUCUUAUUCAAUUUGUCGUAGGUUUUGUAAGUUUCUCUAGAGGGCUGACAUUUGAAAGUUGUUCGUUCCUUCUUUAUGGGAGUUUUUGGUCAAUUUGGGGGUCAUUAAGAGCACUAAAUGUUAUUGAAGGAUCAGAGGGAGUUCCUCUGGUGGUUGGCUUGGUUGGUUUCCUAGUGACUGGUCUGCUUUUUCUCGGAAUGUCUACCACCGUUAAUAAAAUUUGGGUGAUGAAUUCCUCAGUGUUUUGCCUUCUCGUUGUCGCGUUCAUGCUGCGUGGGUUAAAAGCUAGUAAUUAUGGUGGGUUUGAGAAAACAGUUGCUAUAGCGUAUGUUCUGAUCUUUCUAUACGGAGUUUUGUCAAUAAUGCUGAGGAAUGUCUGGGGGAGGGAUAUUCUUCCACUGGGAAAACCUAUCCUCCAAGUAAGCAAACUUCACUCGGAUCGCUACAGGGCGCUGUUCAUGGAUCCUAGGCGGGCAACCGGAGUGAAACAAACAGCAGAAAUUCUGAAAGACGGCGGUAUUUGCGGCAUUCCCACAGACACCGUGUAUGUAUUGGUGGCUGCGUGCAACCACCCAAAGGCAGUGGAGAGGGCUUAUAAUAUCAAGAAACUGGCGGAGGAUCGGCCAAUGUCAGUUUGGAUUUCCAACCUCAAACAGAUAGAGAAUGCUCGCGCCGAUUUGGGUGAUGUAUGUUGGAGAUUCAUGCAGGAAGUGUGGCCCUCAAAUAUCAGCUUAGUCCUCAACAAAGGUGAAUGGGUCAAGUCACUAGGAUUAGGAGGGGCCGAGAGACUUAUAGGUAAACCAGACAGUAUAGCAUUGAGAAUUCCGGACAGAACUAUCACAUGUCAUCUGAUUGAUCAGACCGGUCCUAUAGCAGUGACGGCAGCAAAUCCUACCGGAGAGGUAGACACCACCCACCACCUUCAGGUUCUAGCCAAACUGGGAGUAAACAAUUGUGACGGAAUUCUUGCGGACGGUCCAUCACCUGAAAAUCUUGCUUCCACUGUAGUUGACUGCCGAAAAAUCAAGGAUGGAAAAAUAGGCUUCUUCCGGAUAGGUGUGACACCAAAGUUUAAAGUCGAGGAGAUGUUCGAGAAAGUCAGAAGUAGCACUCAGGACAGCGCCAGUGACAGCGGUACAUCUUCGAUUGGCUUUGACAACAACCCGAGUUUGGAUGAAUCUGGGGUAACAGCGAUUAAGAUACAGCCACAUUUUGAACAGAGCACGGCACUUGUACAAACAGCAAAAACAAUUGGCGGCAAGGCCACCGUCAGCGGACAAAAAACAAAUCCAGCGUUUAUCGAUACAAACUGAACAUGAGUUUAUAGCACGUAUGUAGUGACCUUCUAGGUAUUACAGUUUCCUAAAUAUCCUGGUACUGGUAUUGGACUGUUUUUAACAUUUUGAAAAUAAUCACAUUUCGUCGGAGUUAUUGAGAUUUUGUCUUACUCGACAAUAGUACGUACAAAGUUGAAAUAAUCAUCUAUCAACUGGUUUUUAUAUUUGUGACGGAAACAAUAUAACCAUGAUACAGGGUAUAGUGUAAUGAACGAAAGCAUGUCAUUCGGCAGCAUAAACUCGGGACUAAAGCUAGAAGGAUGGUACAAUGGACAAACAUAUAUAUAUAUGUGUGUGGACAAAACAAAAUUAAAAAAAUACGGUGUCAUAGCUCCAUAACAAAUAUUGCACGAUCGAUAAAUGCAGACCAUAUGUAUUUACUUAUGAUAUAAUGAACACACUUGCUUUAAGAUUCAAAAUAAUAAUAAAAAACCAUAUCAUUAUCAUAUUAUAUUUAGUGUUGGUUGUACAUAUUAAACAAAUAAUAAAAUCAACCCUUAUCUGAGGAAUACAAAAAUAGAAUCAACACAUACCUGAGGAUUACAAAUAAUAGAAACAGACUUUACCUAAGG